AAAGAUGGAAUGUGCAGCUGCUGAAUGAGUGCAGGCGGUGAUAACAGACAUUUUGUAGAUGCAGGAAAUCACAGGGCUUGCAGUUUGUAUAGUUACAUUAUUGGGGAGGUGCAUGUCAGGCUACAUGCUAAGGCUUAAGAGUUGUUACAGGGCUAUGUAAAGCUAAGGCGUAUGCUACGCAGCUCCAACGCAGAAGUAUAAACAAGGCUUUACUCAGUGAGAGUAAUCCACCAGUGUCCAUCACAGCCUCAGACUGAUUAACACUAGUGUCUGCUAGAAGUCACAUUUUGAUGAGUUUAACAAAAUCACAUCGUCUGCAUAAAGAGAGAUUUAUGAGGUCCCAAAACUUGAGAACUUUUCCUUGAACAUCACAAACAGAAUUCACAACAAGAGAUGACCCUGCUGAGGAUGUGUUUGACAGCUCUCACUUGUUUCUGCAAGGGUUGAACGGCUUAUUGCAUUUCCUAGUAUUGGAACCUCAACAAAGAAGGGCCAAUUUUAAGACCUACUGCAUUUCAUUCCAGCUUAGGAUCUGUCCGACAUUGGACCUGUACACACACAAUAUUUUAAAAGUGUGUCUUUACGUUUGUGAAUCUGCUGCAUUGGUCUCAUUUUUAUUUAGGCACUCCAUACUAAUGUUACACCCACAAGAGGACCGUCUGGGGUUGAAGGCCUUCUCUAAUCCCACUAAAACACAGACAUGGAAUAACUGCAUGAGGAAACUUUAUCAAAUGUCAGGUUAGGACAAAGGACAGCGGUUCAUUAUCUUGCAGCCAGAACCUCUUAUACACAGAUCAGUCAAGUCAGGCAUCCACACCUGGAGACCCUCUUUGGUACAUCAACACCUGCUAAGGAAAACGUGAGACUUCCUGUAGAUCUUUGAACACUGUGACUGCCUCAGGACAUUUCAGCAGAGUUCAGAUUAUGUGUUCCUUUCACUACCUGACAGAAUCCAGUCUGGAUCAGCAGUUCUCCUCAGCAUGUGAUAAAGACAGUGAUGAUUACUGUUAAACAAACUGUGCAAACCAUGCUCAUCUCUGCAGGAUCUCUUCUGAUCAUAUACACUGACCUGUGGAACGUUUGUUUAAAACAGUUUAACAUUUUUGAGGGAUUUUAAACCGAUUCUAAACUCAAUGCAAACCUUUAAAUUCUGUCUUUACAACCAGAAAGAGUGGAGUCAUCGCGAUCACCCUGACAGAGAUCAAACAGAUGUAGUGAUAUAUAUGUACAGGAGCCUUUUGAUCUAGAAUAAAAGAGUCUGUGGAUACAUAAAACCCUCUCCCAUCAGCAUUCACACACCGAGGGACUGACAUUGCACACUCAUGCUGACUCGUGGAUUCCACACAAUAGUGCCAUCGAUUGUUUGGAUCUCCCGUUAGGUAUAAAAAAGGCUUAAAUCCAGGAUAGGAUUGCUACAGCAUCACUCACUGUAUCAGCCACCAUGCACGGAAAGAUCAUCUUCUACGAGGACAGGAACUUCCAGGGUCGGUCUUAUGAGACCAGCACCGACUGCGCUGACAUGUCCUCCCACCUGAGCAGGUGCCACUCCUGCAAGGUGGAGAGCGGCUGCUUCAUGGUGUACGACCGCCCCAACUACAUGGGGAACCAGUCCCUAGUAAGAAGGGGCGAGUACUCCGACUACCAGCGACUGAGUGGUUUCGGUGACUGCAUCAGGUCCUGUCGUAUUAUCCCCACGCACAAAGGCUCCUACAAAAUCAGGAUCUACGAGAUGGAGAACUUCGGCGGUCAGAUGAUCGAGCUCAUGGACGACUGCGACAACAUCCAGGACCGCCACCACAUCUCCGACUGCCAGUCCUGCAACGUGAUGGACGGGCACUGGCUGAUCUACGAGCAGCCCCAGUUCAGAGGCAAGAUGAUGUACCUGAGGCCCGGAGAGUACAGGAGCUUCAGGGAGAUGGGCUACGAUGGACUGAGAUUCAACUCCAUCAGAAGGAUCACUGACUCCUGCUAACUGUACACAUGAAAAACAUCAGUCUUACAGAAACACUUUUCAACAAAGCAUAACCAGUUUUUAAUGUUGAUAAUCUAUAAUCAGGUUUUAUUGUGUUUGUUUGUUGUAUAAUUUGACUGCAAAUUUUGAAUACAGACUGGAAAGAGUGAUCUUAAA